CAUCUGGCCUGACUCUUCUUCACUGUGGCCUCUCUAGUGAAGAGCAGCACCAGGAGAAGCCUCACCUCUACCAGAGGCUGAGCAGUUUCCUGUAAUCCCCAAAAGCCUUUCCUUUCCUGAAACCCCACGCUGCAGAGCUCACGAGGAGCAGGGCCCUGCUUGACCUCAGUUUAUACCAUGUGACCAGGCAUGUACCCGAAUAUCACCAUGUAAAAUGUACUUUUGGCAACCAAGAUCUAUUGGAUGUUUAAGACCAUGUGAAAACAAAGAAAAGCAAACACGCUAAAGCAGCAGAGAGCAAUCCUUUAGUCUGGCUCCUACCUGUACCUGCAUUAGUGACUGACCUUCUAUUCCCUUCAGAUGCCUUAAGGAACAGCAACACCCGUACAGCGCUUUCCGCCGUAUUUUUAUAUUCUGAUUAUGUAACUGUGCUGCUUGCAUAACCGCGACGACAAUAAGUGUAGGAUUUGUCUAAGGAUCAACACGGAGCAGCUCCUGCCAGCCGUUCCCGAGUGUCCCUCCCAGCCGCCCCGCUCGGAGCGCACAGAUAAGGUGGGUGCCGUGUGUGUCAGUGACGCUCACCCCAUGCAGCCCGGCCGGGGAAGUUUAGCCUAAAAUAACGUUUGCAUUCACUGCAUGAGAUAAUGUCACCGAGGAUAUCAGCUCUCAGCGGCCUUACCGAAACACACAGACGGCCACCAGCUGCCACCCGUGCCCUGUCAGGGGGUACUUCCCCGCUCUGUCGCGCCGCCGGGGAUGCCCCAGCCCCGCGGGUCCCUCUCCCUUUUCCCGGGGCUCCCGCCCGGCUCCUGCCGCACGCGCGGGCGCAGCCGCGCUCGGGGCUGGGCGGGCGCCCCGGUGCCCCCUUUGUGCUUUUUACACCAGAAGAGCCCCGCGGGCAGGCCCCGCACCGAGCAGUGCCGGUGCCAGCUGACCCAGCGCCCGGGAAGGGGUGCCGCGGUCCGCGCCGGCCGCACGCCUGGCCGCGGGGGCUCUCACGGACCCGCCCCCCCGCUGCGGCCGCAUCAAUCAUUAACGGCGGCUCGGGUAUCCAGCGCCUCCCACCCCGGGAAACCCUACCCGGGGCGGCGGGGGCGUCUCUUCCCGCUCCUCGGGAGCGCUGGAUGCGCCGCCGGUUUCCAGUUACCGCGAUGCCGGGCGGCGGGGCGGGAGGAGCCGCGGCGGUACUGCCACUGCCCCUGCUGCAAUGAGUGAUGCUGCCGGGGGCGGCGGCGGGGGCGGAGAGGCGCAGAGCUACCGCGGAUCCUCCGCCGGCGGCUGCGGGCGCAGCGGCUCUGCCUCGCCCGGUCGGCGGCGAGGCGGCGGGCCCGGGGCCGGCCGGGGCAGCAGCAGCAUGCCGGCGGGCGAUGGGGACAAGAAGGAGGCGGCGCCGCCGCCGCCGCCUCGCCCUGCCGCCCUGCUGCGGUGGGACGAGGUGCCCGAGGACUUCGUGGAGUGCUUCAUCCUCUCGGGCUACCGGCGGCUGCACUGCUCGGCACAGGAGUGCCUGGCCUCGGUGCUGCAGCCCACCAACGAGACCCUCAACUUCUGGACCCACUUCAUCCCACUGCUGCUCUUCCUCAGCCGCUUCGGGCGGCUGCUUCUGCUGCGGGGCGCCGGGGACGUGCCCUUCCACCAUCCGGCCCUGCUGCCCCUCUGGUGCUACGCCUCGGGGGUGCUGCUCACCUUCGCCAUGAGCUGCACGGCCCACCUCUUCAGCUGCCUCUCCCCGCGCCUCCGCGCCACCUUCUUCUACCUGGACUACGCCUCCAUCAGCUACUACGGCUUCGCCAGCACCGUGGCCUACUCCUACUACCUGCUGCCAGGGCUGAGCCUGCUGGACGCCGGCGCCAUGAGCCGCUACGUGCAGCAGCGGCUGGGCUGGCAGCUGGACUGCAGCCUGCCCAUCGCGGCCUACCGCGUGCUCGUGCUGCCCGUGGCGCUGGCGCUGGCCGUGGGCUGCACGGCCGCCUGCUGCCGCAGCCGCGCCGCGUGCUGCGCCUACCCCUUCGCCGUGCGCACCUUCGUGUUCGCCAUGCCGCUCAGCAUGGCCUGCCCCAUCAUGCUGGAGAGCCUCCUCUUCGACCUCCGCGCGCGCAACCCCACGCUCUUCGUCUACUUCUACCGCCGCUACUUCUGGCUGCUGGUGGCCGCCUUCUUCAACGUCAGCAAAAUCCCCGAGCGGAUCCAGCCGGGGCUCUUCGACAUCGUGGGGCAUAGCCAUCAGCUCUUCCACAUCUUCACCUUCCUCAGUAUCUACGACCAGGUGCACUACGUGGAGGACGGCCUGGCUGAGUUUCUGAAGGCGCCCCUGGCUGCCCCCACCUACCUAGGCACCGUGGGCUAUAUGCUGCUCCUGACCGUCUGCCUUGCUGUGGUCGUCAGGAGGUUCCUCAACGUUGCAGACCUCUGCAAGCAGGACUGACCGCGCCGGUGAUCCUCGGGACAGCGACCCCCAUGCCACUGACCCUUGGCCUGGAGGUCCUUGGGCCGAUGACCUUCAGACUGGUGACCCUCAGACCAGACCCACCAUGUCCUGAAGAAGCUGUGAAACCUGGGGGAAACCCACCUGUGGAAGAGCCAGGUCCCUUUCAUGGAGGUUUGCUGGAGAAAAUGACCAUGGCAGAACUGCUCGUGCUCUUUAAACUACUAGGUUACCAGGGGAAGCAAGCAAAUGCUUACUGGUAUGUUGCUGCUUAGAGUAUAAGCUGAAAUAAUUUAGCUCUGCUACUAGGAAGAAUGCAUGAAUGGUGAAUGCCACUUACUAAUUUCAUAACAAUUAGGUCUAAACUAGCUCUGUAUAUACAUAUAUAUUUAUAUAUCUAGCUAUAUAUUUAUUAGCUACAUAUAUGUGUAUAUAUAUGUAUACACCUGAAGACAUUUGUGCAAUGAUUUCUCAUAGUCUUUUAAUCAACUCCUAUGUGAAAAUUCCUAGCAGAUUAUGCACUGACAUUUAUCUUCCUCUCUGAUAUUGUAACAGGCCUUUGCAGCCACAUACUGGAUUUUAAAUGCAAACAAAUCAAUAGCUAUCUAUAGUUUCUAAGGUCUUGCAGCCUUUUCAGCCAGGGAACAAUAGAUUUAAGAGAGAGAGGAAAACCAGUUGUGAAUUAUUACAGAAUUACCAGUUAAUGGAGAGACUUUAAUUAGACAGGCAAUGAGUGGCUGGUGUAGCCACUCGGAUCCUAAAAUAAAAUAGAAGGAUGUGUAAAAUAACUGAACCAGAAAGGGGUCAGAAUGGUUUGGAACGGGGGCAGAGGAAGAAGGACCCUGCAUAAUGGAAUGGCUCUUCCCUCAGCAUGUCAGGAACAUCUGUUGUGCUGAGGGAGUUGCUAAGGGGCCCCUUUAUCUUGCUGGGUAAAUCACCCCCAAACCAGUCCUCUAGAGUCAAAUUCAGAUGCCAGACUUGCUGUAAACCCCUGCCAAGCUCGGUGGGAGUUCUGUGAAUGUAAAGAGAGUAACUGAUGCAUGAGAUUUCAUUCUGGAUCUUUUAAAAAACUACAUGGAACUAGUUUCUACUGCUCUUUAAUUAGAGCACUGUCGUAUUUACCAUCCUAAAAUUAGUUGCAGAAUACGAUACUGCUGCAUCUGAGUUCAGCACCUAAAAUCUGGCUCUACAAGUACUGGAUACUGGCACUUUUUUUGUCAUUCCCCACUUUUUCCUAUUCUGAUUAGUUGUGGCUGCAGCUGGAUGUGUUGAAGUCCUCUUUCUGAAGCUUUGGGGGAGUUCAAAGACAAGAAUUAGGAGGUGUUUUCCAAAGCAGUAUCUCUUCAGAGCAACCCAUGUAUUAUCCUUGUUGCACAACAAAGAGCUAAGUAUAGAUUGAAUUUCUCUAGAUUCAUUUUUGUAAACCAUGUGCAGAUUUUAAGCAGAUGCGUUUUGCUUUUGUCUGACAGAACAAGUGCAAUAAUGUUACACAAGGGGCUUACCAAUCAAAGUUCAGGUGAGAAACUGCUUGUGUAACCCAUUGUCUAAAGAAGGGUGGUACUUCCUUAGCAAACCCUUGUGUCAGACUGUGUAAUACUGUAAUAGCUGUUUUACUCAGCUCCUGUUGUAGAAGUGUAUUUCUGCUUGGGUCUUUCCCAUUUUCAUGGACAUGGCAUCUGGAUGCCAAGACAAUGUUUUGAGUCCAGUCCUAAUCUUCUGUAAGACAAAGUCCCCUUUGUUUAAAAUGGGAAUAUAGGAAGGACUGUAGCCAAGGAUUAUGACCCAAAUAACGUGGGUCAGAGUCAUCACAGACCCAAUAACUGAUAUGCCCUCUACCAAUGUAACAGCUUUAUGAAAAUUUCUCAAUUGAAGUGCAUAAGCUAAAAGAAAAUUACACUCACUCGAUUUAGCUUUUAUCUCAACCCAUUUUAAGCAUAAUGGUUUGAAUAUUUUAGAUUCUUAGCGAAGAAUGAAAAGGGCCUAACAAAAAUAUAUACUCUUUGCCAGCCACAAUUCUGUUGGUAUGUAAUUUCUGGAAGGGUCAGAUGUCUUUUAAGGAUAUUGGCUAGAAUUAUCUGAAGUAGCAAUUCCCAAACUGUGGCCUCCCGAGUUAUUGCUGUUGGGCCAUAAAAAACCUACAUAGCCCUGUGUGAGUGGCUGUGUUCAGUUUUCAUUUGCCAAGAUGCAUGAAAAGAAAAUGGAAACUACAUGAAGUAUUUUAAAUUUUACCUGUUUUCACUAAGUUUUGUCAUAAAUGUAGCAUUGCUUUCUUCAGCUGCCAACAAAGCAGAAAACUGUCUGCACCACUGGGAGAGGAGGCUGGUUCACAACACUGUUAUUCCUUGAAACGUGCUUUAAUAUUGUGAAAACCCUGAAAACUCGCAAUAGAAAGCCAGUGGAUCAAGACCUGCAACGAUGUCAUGCUAUGAAUUUCCACAAUUGCAAAAAGAGGCCAAAAAUCUUUGAGAUGGGCUGUAUUCAAGUUAAAAUAAUAGAGGCAUAGUAGUUAGAGCCCAGUGACUCAUCCAAACUAAUUAUGUAGAAAGGAUUUGCCUGGGAGAUGCCACUAGCACAUCCAACCAGCAAUUAAAAACUAAGAAAUAAAUCUUAGGGACAGCAAACCUCAGCACUAGAAGGCACCUCAGAAACAAACAGUAAAAGCCAAAUUAAAAAGACCAGGCUUUUAGAGCAUACUGUAUAAUGAAUUAUAUUUGUGCUUGUCAGUCACAAUGUAGAGGACAUCUCAAGAGGCAAUGUCAAAAAUGGCUGUUGCUAACUUGUAAAAAUACAUUUGAUAUUUGUAGUUAGGCCACACAGGGUCAUCUAUAUAUAUCUCAACGACAGAUAACAGUAUAAAGUUUGGAUUGCAACCAACUGCAAUUUUACUGGAAUCUUACUGCUGUUACAAGAGUUGCCUGUGAGCCCCAGUCACACUGAAGACUGGGUACCUGGCUCUGAUAUUAAGAAUAUUGCUUCAUUCAGAAGUUUCUGUUGGCAAAUUGUUUAGGCACGUGUAUGGGCCUGAGCACCUCAUGGCAUUAUUUGUAAAAGCUGGUUGCAAGCACUGCUGUCUGAGCCACAGUGAGCAGGCUGCUGAAUCCAGAGUGAAUGGCUACAGGGAGAUGUGACUAGAAUUUAAGAGUUCUAAUUAAUGGAUCUUUGUUUGUUUUUUUGUCUAAAAAAACGUGACUACAAAUUAAAAAGGUACAGUAAGUGUGGAGAAUAUCUAGGGAAAUGUUACCUGAGUGCCUGAGUGUCUGUGUCUAUUCAGUGAAGGACAUGCAUGUAGAUAAUAGUUCCAUUUGCUGUGUCCGAUGGACAGAACUAAUCUGAGAUAAAAAGAUUAAAAUUGGAACAAGAUAUCUAUAAUUAUAGUGCUUGAAUUUGCUCACACAGAAGUGAGUCAGCAUUUGUGUGACUUGUAAGGGUGCAGGGUAACUUUCUGGUGUGAAAGCACACAACUGAAGAACGUGUGUAAGCAUGUCCAGAGCUCAGACAAGAGGUCUAACCUGCAGACUAGAUGCAUAAGGCAAUCCUAGAAAACUAACUUGCUUGCAGAAGUACGUGUCAUAAUGUUUUAAUGACCUGCCAUAAGGUCUGCACUGUGGAUUCCACAGCUCAUGUUUGAAACCAAAAAGGCUUUUCAGGCCUUUUGUAGUAGAAUCUGUACGGGGAUGGGAGCAGAAGGUGGGGACUGGAGCACAGGGGGUGGCCUGUAAAUGCCUGGGUGUCUUUCUGUGUUUGGCCAGCACUGACCUCCAGACUGACACACUGUGCUGAUGUGAGGUGACUGUUGCUGGGGCCAUUUCUCAGAGUAUUGGUGGCAUAGACACCCCCCUUGCACGUGCCUAGAACUGCAAUCUACACUGGCAUAUAUUCAGUAAGCCUGGCUUCUGGGCACUUCUGAGUAGCCUGUGAGCCUCAAGCUCAUCUUCCUGGAAGAUCAAUAAACCUCAUCUGUAAUCACUACCCUGUUUUCUGUGGUGAUACAGUAGUUUUUCUGCAGUAUGUUCAUUUGAAUGUCACUAUCCAGGAUAUCUGUGAAGCUCUGAGCAGCUUCAUUAGCAAGACUGGAAUCUAUAUAGUCUGGAAACAAAGGGAAAGGUUUCAUCUGCAUGCUGCACUUGUAGAAAUGUAGCAGUUAAAAGUAGAAGUAUGUUCAAUUUUUUUGCUAAAAUGAUAAUUCUGCUUAGUUGUCCAAGUGUUAUGCUUAUUAUUUAUUUGCUGAAUCCAGCUACUUUGUCAGGUUUUUGUCAACAGUGCAUCUGCAGAAAAUGACAGUAUGAGUUUUACUUCAUGUUUAAGUAAACUCUGAGGCAGCACAUUCAUAGAGCAUUAUUGCACUAAAAUCAGUUGAUUACCAUCCACAUGCCUUACAGAAGCAAAUCAUACCUGUAGUAAUUGCCCAGAUUAAAAUGUUUUUUUCAUUGCCUAUGAGAGUAAAAAUGACCAAGUGGCCAGUAACAAGCUGAGGAGUCAGGCACUCCUGGGCUCUUGUCCUUGCUUUGCCACUAUCUGUUCUGUAAUCUAGGGCAAGUUGUUUAAACUGUGUUAAUUUUGAAUGAAUUUUAAUUCAUGUGAAACACUGGAAUUGUACCAGGGUUGAAUUUGACCCUUUGUGUCUCAGUUUCCACAUCUGUAAGAUGGGGAGAAUAUACCUUACCUACCUCGCAGGGUCGCUCUGAAGACUAGCAAAUGUUUGUAAAGCACUUAAAAAUGCAAAGACCCUCCCAGGUGCUAAGAAGAAAUAUUACUGAACUCCAGCAGAGAGAAUGUUAUAUUUUCCCUCAUCUCACAGGGAGAGGAACAUGAAUGUUUCCAGAUUGUGAACUCUUGGAACAAACCCCUGUCAUUGCUGUGCUCUAGGAUGUUCACAUCCCGUCUCUUCUGGAGCUGAUGGCAAAAUUUCUACUGGCUCAAGUGGGGGGCAAUCAAGACCCAGGCAGUAUUAAACAGGCUGACUAAAUGCUUAAGGGUCAGGAGUAAAGAGAAAACAUACAUGACUUACAUAUGCUUUUCUUCAGAAAUUCUCACUGGUAACUUGUACUGAGGAGCAUUGUAACACCCACGAGGCCUCCUUGUUCGUGUAGCCAUGGAUUGUGUUCCAGUUACUAUGAAACAAUGGAGCAGGAUUUCCCAUCAGUGUCUGUAAGAUUAUGAUUAUGUCUCAGUUGCCAUUGGGAAUUUUGAACUACGUCAAACUUCUUACCAGAGUAAAAAGACCUGAAGUAAAUGAAGCUUUUAAGAAAAAAAUAUGUAAUCAUUUGAGAACAUAAAAUUAUACUGAUCAAACAACUUUCUCUUUUUCCCUCCUGUUCUGCAAAAUCAACAACAUGGAGUUAAUCUUACGGUUGAAAUCUGAACUGGGGGUCUUUUGACCACAUAUAUGUACUCUGUCAAGAAGCCCUGAAUAAUCAUUCUAGUAACCCACUCUGCCCAUCAACUGGAAGGGCUGAUGCAAAAACCACCACUGAGAAGAGGACCAUGUUUUUAAGAGCUUUCUAACUGGCAGCAGUAGCUGAGGGGAAAAAAAACAAAACACAUCAAAGGGUUUGAGUGGUUUGUUAGUCAAGGCUUGUACCUUUAGAAAUUCUCCCAAUAUCCAAGUAUAUUCCUAGCUUCUGUUAGCCAGCUCUGAGUCAGAGCUAUAUAAUCAACACCCAAGUUCCAGCUGAAACUUUACUCUCUUCUCCUCAGAUGAGAUGUAAGAUGGUAGUGUCACAUGCACUGAAAGACACAGACCUCCAUUCAAGACACUUAGUGUCUUGGAGCUGGGUGUGGAAUUAAGUUAAAUAAUUUUCACAUCUUGCAUAGACAGAUGCUGCUUCAUUCCACUGAAUUCAGUAAUAAAUUAUUGACCAAGACAAAGGAAGCAGGCUUUUGCUUAAAAUUGCCUGGAAGGAAACACCACCAGCAGACUUCUGCUUUCAGGGCAAUUGCUUCCUGGGCCGUACUCAGAACACGGAGGAUUCUGAAGUGCGGCUUCGCUACUUCGUGGGAAUGCCUUAGGAUUUGUGUUGUAGCUGGGGGUUAAUAGUACAGAGAAACAGUUUAUAGCAAGUCAAUUCUGUCUGCUAGAGGUUCAAGCACGCUUUAGUAGGAGGUAUCGUGUUCAAGGGGCUGUGCAUGCAAUGAACAAAAAGUGUGAAUUUUGUGUGGUUCUGUUGGGAGGGUUUGAAAAUUUACUCUUUGUACACUUUUGGAUGCUGACUACUGUAUAUGUAAUGACUAUGCAUUUUUAGCAAAAAAAAGGGGUGUGAUCUAUAAAUAAAGUUGAUUCUGAGUUAA